AUGUCAUCUUCGUCUCCAACCCCAAAGCCAACCCACUUGGUUCUCGUAUGCUGUCACGGAAUUUAUAUCGGUGGUCCCACCCACGGUCUCGAUGAAAAAGAGUGGCUUCUUGCCCCCUUCCAAAAAGGUGAGACGCCGACGUUUAUCAAGCACGCCCAAGCAGGGCUCUCUAUCCUGUCUUCCUCCCCUCCACACUCCACCGCCUUAAUCUUCUCUGGCUCUAAAACGCGACCGGAGAUAGAAAAGUCAGAAGCUCAAUCAUACCUCGAUAUUUGCGUGUGCAAUGAUUUCUGGAACAUUGUUAGAAAGGAAGAUGUGGAAGGAAGGAUCUUACUAGAAGAGCAGGCUUUGGACAGUUUUGCGAACGUGAUGUUUUCGAUAUUGAUGUUCUGGAAACAGACCGGACAUUUUCCUGAGAAAAUCACGAUUGUGAGUCAUGGAUUUAAGGAGGAAAGAUUUAUGGAGUUGCACGUUCCGGCAAUUAGGUUUCCGAGCGAGAAGGUGGUGGUUUUGGGGAUUGACCCUGAGUAUAUGACGGAGGGAAGUGAGGGUUAUGAUGAGGUGAGAGCGGAGGAGGUUAGGAGAGGGUCGAGAGAGAUGGGCUAUGGAGAGUGGGAAAGGGAUCCGUUGGGCUUUGGGGGCGUUUUGAGUGGGAAGAGGAGGGGGAGAAAUCCUUGGGGGGUGAGUCAGGGGUGGUUUGAGAGGAGGGAGGAGAGGGAGAGGUCUGGGGUGAAGAGUAUGCUGAGGAUUGGUGAAGCGGGGUUUGAAGAGGAGUUUUUGACGGACGGGAGGCAGCCUUGGGAGGAUGACGGAGGAAGGGAAGGCGAAUGAACUGUUAAAUGGGUGAUAUUGCUCGGACAUAUCUGGCGAAUUUGUGAAGAUGCUCGACGGCGAAGUGCUGAGAUUGUUUUCAAGGACCCUUCAUACUAGGGUGAAUACUUCUCUUCAUGCUCCCAAAAUUGAGACAAGAAAACAUCAGUAAGCGCUGCGCUAGGCUUACACCUGCCUGGAGGGUAUCCAGAGAAGAUAAUACCGCUAUUCAACGAUAUUUACUCAAUUACAUUUUCACACCGACAGUUUCUUUUAUGCACUCAACCAGAUUCAACUCAAAAUCCGAGAACAACGAGUAUCCGUUAAACCUUGAAUGGGCUCGAGCCAGUCUCACGACGCGUUUAGAUCGGAGUUAUGCUGGUAGAGACUGUAGGAAAUGAAGAAAUUAUUUCUCCACAAUUGCAUACCCCUCUUAAAGUGAGGAGAAGUAGAACAUGGGAC